UACCUGACACCUACAUGAACACUUUACAGUUGGUUAUAUGACUGUAAGUCAUUCCCUUCAAAUGCUAUUGAAGUUAGAAUCGUGUAUAACAAUGUCGUAUGAAACUUUAGAGACGGUCCCUUAAUUUCCGCAUAUCUGCGAAUAUCGAACGUUCAACGUCACACCAACUUUAUUCCAGUGUUUUGUAUUGACUCUUCAUAAGGUGUAGUUACUUAUGCGCUGUUGAAACCAAGCAGUUUAUUAUUCAGGCCUUCACUGUCCCUUUCGGCCUUCCACACUACGCCUGAGGCUCUCCCUUUAAAUCAGAUUAUUAAGGAAACGGGAUUUUGACGUCACGGCUUUAAAAGUGCGGGGAGCGACUGGAGCGCGCGCAGAGACAAGCAUGACUUCAGAGGUAUCGUCAUAGUGAAGUGCAAGGACAAGCUGCUCGGUAUGGCCUCGUCUUAUUUAGAGAUAGAUGACGAGGACGAGGGGUAUGCACUGUGCCUGUUUUGUAUACCCAGACACUACGAAGAAGACUUGGACAGUGUUCUUAUUCCCAAUGGUCUCAUAAAGGAUAGGACCGAGCGCAUGGCCAGAGAUAUUGUUCGUGAUAUGGCAGCACAACAUAUCGUGGCCCUGUGCGUGCUGAAAGGAGGGUAUACAUUCUUUGCAGACCUGAUGGAUUACAUUAAGACACUGAAUCAGAACAGUGACAAGUCUAUGCCGCUGACUGUGGAUUUCAUUAGGCUAAAGAGCUACUCCAAUGACCAGUCGACAAACUGUGUAAAGGUUAUUGGAGCGGACGAGUUAACUGGUCUCAGUGGAAAGAAUGUGCUUGUGGUCGAGGAUAUUAUAGAGACUGGGAAGACGAUGGAAACUCUGCUGACGUUAUUAAAUGAAUGUCAACCCAAAAUGGUCAAAGUGGCCAGUCUACUUGUGAAAAGGACCCCAAGAAGCUCAGGAUAUCGUCCUGAUUAACACACUGUAAAGGACAUAAUCAACAAAUGGAGCACCACAGUGACCUCACCAAGAACAGGACAUUCCUCCAAAAACAUUCAGGUGUCUGCUAGUAAGAUGAAAAGGAAUUUCACCUUUCAGUACGACAUUGACCCAAAGCAUACAUCCAAAGCAACAGAUGAAUGGCUUAACCAAAAGACAAUCAAUGUUUUUGAAUGACCUAGCCAGAGCUCAGACCUGAAUCCAACUAAAAUCUGUGGGGUGACCUGAAGAGGGGGGCUGUGCACAGGAGAUGCCCUUACAAUUUGAUGGAUUUAGAAUGUUUUUGCAAGAAAGGGUGAGAAUUCAAAGUGUUCCUCACUGAUAGACUCCUAACCAAAAAGACUGAGUGGUGUAAUAAAAUUAAAAGAUGAUUCAACAAGGUAUUGGUUUGGUUAGUAUGGGUGUGCACAUAUGCAACUAGGUUAUUGUAAUUUAUUAUUUUUUUCCCCCCUAAACAGUUUCUUAUUGUUUUUCACUUUAUUUGUGUACUUUCCAAUAGAGUUCUGUAAACGUGAGCGCUAAAUCCCAGAAAGGAGUUAGCAUUUUAGCACUUCCAUUUCCACUGCGCCGAAGUCAGGGGCUUUUUUGAAUGGGGUUUUUGGUUAAAUGCCUGAAAUAAGGUCUGUGCUUAACACAAGCUCAAGAUAUAUUCAUGUUUUAUUCUUUGACAUAAAAUACAUCAGUAAUACCCCACUUGUGAUUUUAUUUAUUUAUUUUUUGGAAAGCUUUUACGCGUCUUGAAAAAGACGAUUGCUAACAACUGGCUUAAUGGGACUACAGAGUUUGUUGGGGACAUUAAAGGUCUUCACGCCAAACAGAAAAUCUCAUCUACUACAGCCUCGUUGUGUUUGUUCUCACACUCUUGCAAACUGUUCCAACUCAAACUUUCUAACUUGUAGAUUUAUCAAUUUAUAGUAUUUUCCAGUUGCUAGUUUUUUCUUUUCUUUUUUUUUUUUCCUUCUCUUUUUCAAAUCGUAGUGCUAUAAAGCUUCAUGGUGGUGACGUUGAAGUCAUGCGACUGUGGUGUGGUUCGUUUAUAGCCUAACUUUAGCUCUUUACUUCUGCCGAUUGUAUUUAGGCUUCAGAAUUCAUAGAAGUUGUGUUCAUUUUGUGAAGAUUAUCCUGAUGAGCAAAAGGUUUAUGAAUCUUAAACCUUUGUUGGUUUCACAGUUUAUUUUCUGCAAUAAUCCAAAAGACGGUGGAAAAAUCCUACUGGUUUUUUUGUCGAGGGAACCAGGGUGAUGCUAUCAUCAUCCCUUCAGCACUCGAUUGCACAUUAAAGGGGAGAACAGAUCUGACAUGAUUUAUCUUAGUGUCAUUCUCUUACUUCACAAAAACCUGUCAUUGUAGUAGGGGUGUGUAGACUUUUUUUAUAACCACUGUAUCUGCUGUAAACAUUCCUACUCACUACAAUUGUGGUGCGUUUCAAUAUUUUAUGGUAUAAAUACUGGAAAAAUCCUCUCCCGAUGAUGCACUUUGGAGGUGGAAGUCCAUUUUGAAAGAGUAGAACUGAUUUUAGGGCGUAUCUUUGUGAGAGAGCACACACUGCCUCACGAACCAGAGAGUAAUGGUACAGAUUGCUAAAUGCUGCAAAAAAAAAGCAUUACAUUCGAGCACAGUACUCUAGAAACAGAAAUAAAAACUGCACAGUAAUAAUUCAUAAUUCAAAGCUCAAUUUCAAACCACAGUCGAGCUUAAAAACUUGCAGAAAAUCAUAAAUAACCAGUGCAUAUGCAUAAUUUACACACACAUCCUCUUUGGGUUGUAUUUAAAAAAAAAAAAGUAAACUUGAUGGAAAUGGAUUACGUGCACUUUUUAACCAAGUGUGUGCAUUUUACAGUGUAGUGAAACUUGCAGUGUACAGGCCAACAUCAAAGUACAAUUUGCAGCAAUGCAGUUUAAUUUCAGCGCAAACACCUUCCAUCACACCGCAGGAAAGCUGCCCGUCUGCACAUUUGCUCAUGUCGGCAGAAAACAUUUUCACUUCAACAAUGUGAAUAUUAUAUGCGAUGCACAAAAGUGUGUAAUCUGACCCUGAAACGGUUCGAAGCGUUUUUUCAUUUAACAUCAACUUAAACAAGAGUUUGAUUCCAGAAUGACCUGUUAAUGCUGGAAAGUGUUUUCAUGGGUUUAACCCCAAUAGUGUUUACUCAGGUUGCCACUGCUGCUAUCAUUGCUGCUUAUCGUGAAUGAAUUUAUUUAGUUGUGGGUUGAUGAUGCUGUAAAUCGAUAGCUUGUCUACACUGCAAAGAAAUGACAUCAUAGCAAGUGGAAAUACCUUAAAUAUAGUCAAAUUUAUCUUGUUUUUUUCUAUUAUUAUAAGAUUACAAUAAACCAAAUGUAAGAUUAUGAAACCUAUUUCGAGCCAUUUGCACUCGAGCUUGAAAUAGUCUUUAUUAUAUUGGCUGAUAAAUGCUUAAAAUGAGUGAAAUUAUUUCUAAAAAGAAGCAAAGUUAUCUGCCAAUAGAAUAAUAAAUUGACAAGCCUGAAGUGUAUUAUAUUAAUGUCUAGAAAUGGGUUUAAUGAUUUUAUAUUUGGUUUACUGUAAUCUUAUAUUAAGGCAUAUUAUUUUUAUUUUAUUAAAUUUGACAAUAUUAAAGAUAUUUUCACUUGCUAAGAUGAAUUUUUUUUAUGUUGAGUAUAUAAAAUAAAUAAAUAGUCAUUUUAGACUCCAGUUCAUAUUCCCAGCUGAGAGCUGUGGAGUUGUUCAACCCUAAUCACUCUUGCAUUUUAGUGGUGUAGAUUUGACCUUUUAUGACCUUGUCUUU